AUGCAGACCAGUAACAACCAGAAUGACAAUGCUUUUUUUCCUGUGCGGUACAACCAAGCGUUAUACAAUGAGGUUGUGAGCUUUCGACCAGGAUAUGCGCAAUUAGUAUGCAUCGGAGGCGACGCAAUCGGAGCUAUCGGUUGUCGACUAGAACCAGUGGACGAAAGACCGAAAGGGCUAAAGCGAACAUACAUCAUGACCUUUGGCGUAGUAGAAAACUAUCGCCGAGCAAGAAUCGGUAGUCGGCUUCUUGAAGAAGUGAUUGCACAGUCGAUUCAAGACGGAGUAGUGCAGGUGUAUCUUCAUAUCCAAACUAGCAAUAUUGCAGCGCUGCAAUUCUAUCGUUCACAUGGCUUCGAAGCUACACAGAUCCUGCGCAACUACUACAAACAAAUCGAUCCACCAGACUGCUAUGUCCUACGUCGACAACUCGCUCCGUAG